CUGCCCUCACAACCAUAAUAACCUCCCUACAAAUAGCCUCCAAGAAACCAAGGCCAGCACAGAGCAAAAGCAGCAGCAAUGGAGAUAGAGUCAGUCAAGUGCGAGUGUUGUGGCCUGAGGGAGGACUGCACCCAGGACUACAUUACCAGUGUGAAAGCAAGCUUCUAUGGCCAAUGGCUGUGUGGGCUGUGCUGUGAGGCUGUGAGGGACGAGGCUAGCAGGAAGAAGCAGGCUCAUCCAGGAGUGGAGGAAGCUGUGAGGGCGCACAUGGCGUUCUGCAAGAAGUUCAAGUCCAACCCCGCCGUCCGGGUGGCUGACGGCAUGCGUCAGAUGCUCCGGAGGCGGUCCGGCGACUUGUCGAAGCCAGACACCUCCAAGAAGUACAGUAGUGCGCAAGUUGGAGAUGAAUCAUCCGUUUCAUUAUAUUGAUGAAGGAACACACCAAUUCUGUGGCUUGUAGAUUGGCUAGUGCUCUUCUCAGCCUUAAGUCUUUUGUUCCAUUUGUAAGUCUUGGCUUAUGUUCUUAUUAUGGCAAGAGUUCAGAAUGUACAUAAGUCAUAAGAUUUCUUGAAAAUAGAUGCUAGUGGUAUUUGGCUUUGAUAUA